CAGAACCGCAUAAAAUUAUUUAUUCUGCUCAGUGAGCACAGUUAUCAAGUAGUUCUCCGAAUUCUUAUCACAAAAGCCAAAAGCCCAAAUAACUUCCAAAAAAGGAGAAUUGCACCGACUGCGAUGAAAUCCAACCAAAAAUGCUCCACUUUAAAAUCCUGGUAA